CUGGUGGGAACAUAAACUCUUCGGUCAGUGCGACAUGUGCAUUGCUGUGGUCAUACUGUCGCUGGUGCCAGCAUUGGUCCGAUGCUCAGGCGAGGGCAACAUCAAACUUCUGGAGGAGGAUGUAGCGACGGCUAUGAAAGCGUGCGCUGUGCCUGGUGAUGUUGCCAACGAUGCUAACCAGCGUCAGCGCAGAUCCGAAGACUACCCACGAAUAGACAACGGCAGCAAUGGACAGAACCUGUAUGCUCAUGAAAGACGAAACAUAACAGAUCUAAGAGACCAAAUGUACGUUUUGAAUGCUACCGACUAUGACUACGGGGGGUACGGUGCAGGUAGUGAGGGCGAAAAGUUCCUUUCGACGUUGCCCAGACCAGCAGGAAGGGACUAUAACAGCAGCUACAAUGAAAACAGGACGAAACGCAGCGAACCUCUAUUGAACAAACCGGAUACUGAUCAAUGUCUGAGCCAAUGCAUAUUUGCUAAUCUGCAAGUGGUGGAUUCUAGGGGAAUCCCGCGGGAGGCAGAAUUGUGGAAUAAGGUCCAGUCGUCAGUGACGUCGCAGCAGUCGCGGGCAGCUCUACGGGACCAGAUAAGGGCUUGUUUCCAGGAGCUACAGUCGGAGGCCGAAGACAACGGUUGUUCGUACUCCAACAAACUGGAACGGUGUCUGAUGCUACGCUUUUCCGAUCGCCUGAAGUCAGACGCCAGCAAGACUCAAUCGAGCAACCAGAAAACAACAAACUCAAAUGGGAAAAACUGGACUUAACUUGAAUCACAUUCAAACAAAUGACAUGAG